UCCAAACCCACAUCCCCUCCAGUCCAAUCCCUAACCAUGGAGCCGCCGCCGGAGCCAUCCACCCCUCGCCGGCUCGCCGUCGCCGACCUCCUCCGCCUCCGCCGCCCCACCACUGGUGCAUCCUCCCUCAUUUCCCCCUCCCCCUCUCAUUCCCCCGCCGCCUCCAUCACAGCCCCGCAAAAAAAGCCUAAGCUCUCCGCCGCGAAUCCUGCCCCUACCACCGCCCCCUUCGCGCCAAUCCCACACCCCGUCCUCCUUGCCGGCACCCUCUCCCUCCCUUCCUCCGCCGCGGACUGCCGCAACCACUGCCUGUCCCUCUCCGACCCUUCAUCCGCCGCCUCUGUCUGCUGCUACCUCCUCGAUUUCGACCCCGCCGCCAUCGGUCGCGAGAUCCUCGUUCUCGCCUGGAACUACCUUCCCUCCGUCCGCCAGCACGAAGCCGCCGUGCUCGAGGCAGUCCGAUGGCGCCUGGCAGAGGCGCCCGGUCCGGUCCAUGCCCCUGGCUUCCUGGCAGCGAUCCCGCUUAAUUCCGUGGACGCGGAGCCUGCUUUACCCACCCGCGGCCGCGUUUUUGGGAUGGUGAGGUCGGUGAGCGUGGUAUUCAGUGUGCCGCAUGCCACACAGAAGAGUGACUUGGUCGGGUUUAUAGCGGAGAUGAUGUGCUGUGGGUGCCGGCAGUGCAAGCUCUCACAGCCAGAAUCUGACCGCGGUCACAAGUUUGAGAUGGAGAAGUUUGUAUACUUUGUGGAUUUGGCAAGCAGGUGGCGGCCCGUGCUGGCGCGACUGAUUGGCAGGCCGGUUUCUGUCACGGGCCUGAAGAAAAAAAUGGUCUCCGUUGGGAAGAAGGGCUCGUACACCAUGUUGGUGUCAUCAACGGCAACAAUGGUGUCAUGGUGCCCAUCCUAUGUGGGCGUUCCACCAUUGGAUGAGUUGCCAGGGAAGUGCAGUGGAGUGUACACUGGGGUAGUCUCUGGAAUCCACAUGCAGGGUAUGUUGGUUGAGCUGGAUGAGACAGUGUGGCUGCUAAUUGAUGAUAACCGGCUUGUGCCGUCACAUUCUCUUCGAGUUGGUGCUGUUAUUUCUGUGAAGAAAUUCCGAGUGGUUCGUCUAAAUUUUGCUUGGACGACAGUUGUUCUACUUGAAACAUGCAGUAAAACUAGCAUUACUAUAAAUGCUUUCUCUGUGGUGGACUCGAAAUGUCAUACAAGGUCAGAGAAUAAUGGUCUUUUGUGCAAGUCUGUUAACUUUUUGGAGCUGCCCGGUAAAUUUUGGAUGUUACUUCUGACAUCAUGCUUUAGACAGAAAUUCAAGUUAGAUUCCAAGAAAGAGAUCUGGGGGUCAAAAAAUAAGCAAGGAUUGGUUCACACCUAUGCUGCUAAAGUUCCCUCUUCAAAGGAUUUCAAACCUCAGCAUGAUUUCCUUAUGAAAUUCUGCAAUCAUGAUUGUGGCGGUUCAAGCACAGGAUCAAAAUUGGAAGCUUGUAAAUUGGCAAUACCCUUUGCCAAUUUUAUCUGCAAGGUGGAAUCAUUGUGGAUAUCAAUGAUGCUCAGAUUUUGGAAUGACACGGAAGAGCUGGGCAAGAACCUGAGAUCUAACCAGUUUCUAUGUGGUGGGGUUUCCCAUCCUGGUACCAGCAGAAGGAUAAUUUCAACUGGCGAUCUGGGCCUUGUAUUAGUGGGAUGCAUGAAGAUGUCCUCACUGCCAUUGAGGCUGCAGCUGGUUGAUGACACAGGAUGUAUAGAUGUUAUUAUACCUGAUCUUCCGCCAAAUGUUUACAUGAAUGGCAUCUAUGAGAUAAAUGAUUGCAAAUUAGUCCUUGAAGGCCCAGUGGCAUACCUAGAUCAUUAUGGUGUCGCUGAUCCACUAUCCUGUAAGGCUGUGUUUCAGCAGCUCUCAUACCGAAAAAGAGUGCAUCAUCUCAAGAUCUACCUUAUAGUCCACUGGAGUGAAUUAAACCACAUUGGCCCUCCCUCCCGAAUUCCUUUGCAAACUAAUAACUCCGCCAGGCUGUUCCACCUUCUGAAAGUGUCGCACAUUUUCCCCUCAGUCAAUAAUUUUCAGCAUAAGAACAUGCCAGGGUCUGGCCUGUAUGCUGAGGGUGUGAUAGUGCCAUACAAUUUAAAAUUUGCUGAUCAAGAUGCCGAGAGCUUUAAAAUCGCAAGCACUCGUUCAUGUUCUGAUUCGAAAGUGUCUAUGGAGAAACCAUGUCACAUUCCAUGCUCCCUAAGCUUCAGAACUACCAGUCUUUCUGGCAAUCUUGUGUCUAGCUAUCCCUGUGGGUCAGAUGGUACUGUUCUAAUUGAUACCGUUGGUGAAGAACGAGGUUGCCCAUCAAGGAUCUUAUUGGAGUUCAAGGAGGGAUGUUCGUUUAAGUACCAGUUUCUGCGGAUUGGUGGCUACUAUCUUCUCGAAUGCCCCACUGAUAGUUUAAGGUUUGCCAUGAAAGGCUGUGGAUGUUUCCAAGGUGGUAAAAUUUCACUGGAUUCUCAAGAUAAAAUUUGGAGCCUUGCCAUUACCUUUAAUGGCAAUAUAAACGUCAAGCAGGGUAUCGUAGAUCAGUCUAUCGGGGUUUCUUCAUUGCGGGUGGAUGAGCCAUUAUCCAAAAAUACCUUCCACAAUGAGAUAAAAUUACUACAGUCGUGGUGGAAUGACUUUUGUCAAUAUUCGGAUUUUCAUUUGAAUUUUUAUUGUGAAGCAGUGAGCGAAAAGAUGAAAGUAUAUGACAUCAUGUGUUAUGUAUUGAAUGGAUUGGGCUCUUACUCAAUUGAAGUUAUUAGUGUCUCUUCAUGCAUUGAGAUUAUGAUGCAUAAAAAGUCUUUUGGUUCUUCUAACUUGCAAAGUCAAAAACUUGUUCAAGGAGAUCUAAUAUCAUUACAUGGGAAAGUGGAAAAUAUCCAUUCGCAUGACUCUAAGGAGCGAAGACUUGUGCCUGGUAACGACAAGCGAAGUAUAUGUAUCCAUGUUGCUGAUGAUAAUCAAAUGGUGCGUCUCUCUGGAUACUUAAGCAAACAUUGUUAUCCCAUUGGCAUAGGACCAGGGGCAGCAGUGACAUUCCACCGCGUCCUCUUGACACACCGUGAAGUACUUUUAACCCCAGUAACAUACAUUGAAGUUACAUCCAUUGGUCACAUUGAAGUGAAUAGAGAACGAGCCACUUCCCCACUCAUGCCUGGUGGCUUAAAGGAUGAUUCACUGAGCACAGUUUCAUUUUGUCUGCUCUCACACCACAAGCAUUUUAAAGACUGUACGCCCAUGCGAUUCCACUGCAGGGUAGUUACUGUCCAUUUCUUGGUGUUGGACAGUUGUUUAAAUGAUUCUCAAAUUUCGGAAUCAGUUAACCAGGGUAAAAUACCAAAAGCAAAAGUUCCACUAGCUGGGUUUAUUGUUGAUAAUGGAACAUCUUUGUGCUGUUGCUGGGCCGAUGAUGCAAGGGCUGAACUUUUGCUUAGGCUGCAGGAAAUUGCCAUUCUGGAUGCUUCUGUUAAUUUGAAGCGAUCAAAAGAUAGAAACAAUGCAAAAAUACAACGGACUCUUGGUUCUUGCCUAGAAAAAAUGUUGAAGAAGCACAAAAAAGUUAUUGUGAAGAACUAUGGAGUUCCUCCCGACAUCUCUUGUCGAGACUUGGAAUUAUUAUCUGAUGUUGGUAAUGUCUUAAGUAGCCUGGAAGAGGAACUUUUGAAAUUUAUCGUCCUCAAUGCCUGUCGGAAUGGAACUCUGAAUGUUAUCGCAUCAGCCCUUGAUGCAAGUGCAAUAAAUGGAUCAAAUGUGGAGCUUCCUGAUGUAUAUCCAGCGCACAACAUGCAGAAUUUCUGGGUUAAUGAAAUAGUUCAAGUGGAUCCUUUGGAAGAGGCCCGGAGACUGUAUGCCAGUUUGGAAAACAGAUGAAGCACAAGUGAAUCUUUGAGAUACUCGGAGUCAACAUAAUAAUUUGUGAAGAACGCAUGAGCGGCGAGCAGUCCACUGGGUCAAUACCCAGUUAUAUCUCCUGUAUUUUGCCCAUCAGGGUGGUGGCAUCCAGUCUGGCGGUACAUGUUAUGGGCUGCAUACUCCGUCUGCAGGUAUACAUGGAGAGCCACAGGUCAUGCAAAUUAUAGACGAUUCUUUCUGGUGGGAGGGCGACAUAUGACUGAACUGACAGAUGGGUGGGUUAUGUAAAGCUGAUUCCAUUCUUCAGGCUUGUGCAUAUAUGUGGAUCCCAUGGGUAGGGUUUCUUUUUGCUGGUAGUCAAGUGUUUUGUAUAGUCGGGAUGGCAAUUGCCAAAUUAUUAUGGCAAAUGAAGUGUUGUAUUGUGGUGGCCUUUCAGCGAA